AAUUUCUUUUAAUUUUCUGUUGUGUAGUUCAUUGUGUAGCUUUUUUAUUGACCUACUGUGUUUUUCUCAGCAUCUAGUCCUCAUAAUAGUUUGCACAACAAGCUAGGUCAAGGGCUGCAAAGUGGGUCAGUGGUUAGCACUGUCGCCUACAACAGAUCCCCAGUUUGAGUCCCGGCCUGAGCCUGGCACCUUUCUGCAUGGAGUUUGCAUGUUCUCCCAGUGCAAGCGUGGGUUUUCUCCUCCCACAGUGCAAACCAUGAUGAGGUUAACUGAUAUUUCUAAAAUGUCUGUAGGUGUGAAUGUGAGUGUACUUGUUUGUAGCCCUGCGAUAGACUAGUGACCUGUCCAGGGUGUCCCGUGCCUUCACCUUAAGUCAGCUGGGAUAGACUCCAGUCCUUCUGCAACCCUUAUGAGGAUUAAGCAGUGUAUAGAUAAUGGAGGUAUGUGUUUAGAUCAAUCGGAAGAUCUCAAAAUCCCUACAGGCAAUGAAGUAACAGAGAGGUGACUAAUAUUUAUUUUAACUGAUCAGCUACAACAUUUAAACUGCUGACAGGUAAAGUAUUUGACAGUUAUCAUCAUGUUACAGUCCAAUGUUCUGCUGGGAAACCUCACCUAAACAUGAGACCUUAUUCUGCUGCUUGAACUUGCCAUCUCGGGCCACCUGGACCUUGCUGCAUGUUCUGACUGCAAAAUCCACUCCUGUUGAACUUCUUCCAAAGGCGUAUUUGGGAAGAAAAAAACAACCUAAGCCACAGUAGGUACGUCUGAGCGGCCCUGAAAAACAGCUUCGCAGAGCCUACUAUGUCCAGUAACUGCUAUUUGUUGUUGUUUUGGUACACUUAGAGGUAAUGUUGUGGUCGCAGUUGCUGGAUCAUACACUGCAAUGGUGGACACUGAUGAGGGGGCCAUUCAUGAAAAUGUUCCACCUCGUGCCUGCCCCAAGAUGGAAGAAUCACCUUCUGUUGCAGGCCAAGCAUGCCUGGCCAUGGCAAUGUUACUCCUGUUUUGGGUUAAUGUCUUUUGUUCACCAAGGCUGCAUGUAUAUAAGGAGCAUAUGUUAUAUUUUGAGCAAAAUAAGCCAUGAAACUUUUGCAUGUCAUCAUUAUAUGUCUUGCAAAAUUCAAAAUGAUGUCCACUCAAUCAUUUGAGUUUAGUAAUUAUGUGCAGUACAACCACUCCAAACACUGACUUCGAACUCUUAGUGUUUGUGCUUUCUAGUGAUUCAACCUUAUGUUAAUGAAUGACUGAUAGUAUGACAUUCACAGAUUCAGGUGUCUGCAAAUCUGUUAAGCUGAGAGGUCACCUAAAUAAUAAAUACAAUCAGACUUGCUUUUUCAAAUAUUGUUCACCCCUCCCUUUUUUAUUUGCAGAAUAUUUUCUAACACUGGCUUAGCAAGACUGCUUUUUGUUGCUGUAAAUGCACUCAGUCAGGUCUAAGCCCCCCUGAACAUGUCUGAGACCUUGGGAAUAAGUCCCUAUUCUUGGGUGACUGAGUUCAUAUGUCAAUGUGUUCUUGUGUUAGCAGAUUAUGCGACAAUAGGUCAAAUUCUCCUAGAAGCUUUAUAAAAAAAUUGCCUUUGUAUUUCAGCAAGUGCUUUAAGAGCUGCAGUCGCAAGGGGAAGUCGGCCAUAGAAAUCAAUCGUUAUUUUUUCUUGCAUGUAACGUAUCAUUGUGUUGAAGAUGCCACUUUUGAGAUCUAUGUCGACCAUUUAGAAAAUACCAUGCUGCAUUUUGGACAUGCAAAAAAAAAUUCACCUUUCAUUUGACUGUGUUAUUGAAGAUAUUCUUAGCUUUGAAACUAAAGAAAUUUAAUUGAAGAUGAAACACUACUUGCAUAUAUAUCACUGCCUGAGCUUGAAAACCAUAGACAUUAAUUCACAAAUGCACAUACACUCAGGUUUCUUCGCUACGUCCCGCAAAUUCCUCUCAUAAUUAGCUUGCCUUUCUCAUUUUAGCUGAGACACAUGUAAUCAAAGGGAUGCCUGGUUCAACAAAGCAGAGGCUCGACUUUUACCGCUGAAGUAUUUAAAGAAAUCUGUCAGGACAAUGGUAAUAAAUGUGUGCUCAGAAACUAAGGAUAAUAUCACAGUGUGAUAGCAAGUUCUCUGACAGGCAGAAACGUCUGCUAACAAGAGACAAAAGGGAAAAGACGGGGCAGAGCAGAAAGGGAAUGUUACUCACAAACACACACAUGUACAAGCACACAACUGCAGGGGUGUCGUAUAUCCUUAUCAAAGGGGCAUUGUACAGGAAGUCAGGCUUGGUGAGCUCACAGAGGAGGUGUUUGAAAGGUUUCUGUGUUUAAAAAAUCUGAUAUUUUGUUACUUCCUCAUGGGACUGCUGGAUGGCUACAUGAGCAACAAAUAUAACAAAAUGCAACAUUUAUCACAUGCGUUUCUUGUCAUUAAAAUGUCAGUCUCAAUUACUGUUUUCUCAUACAGUAAAAACAAUUUAUGUUAUUUUGUUGAUAUGGUAUGAAUAAUAAAAAAUAAGGCAAAUAGCAUCAGCCCAAAACAUUCUUCAUUUUUUUUCACUUCUUUUCUUGAACACUUCCAGCCUGAGCUCUGGUCAGUGGAUUUCAUUAACCCGAAGCUUUGCCAGGCUCUCUACCUUCUCGCUUUAACCCGUCCCCCCUUUCAUUCAUGACUUUCCAGAAUGUCCAAUCAGAUGUGGGAACCUCCCACCAACAGUGCGGGCUCAGUCUCAGGGAGGCAGAGGUUUUUAUUUGCAUCAGACAUUCCUGCACUCCUUCACUCAACCUGGUUUACCAUCAUUUGAAGGGUUCACAUCACUGCUCCUGGGAUUGUAAAAUAGCUGCUUUCAACUUUCAUGGAGCGUCACUGAGAUUGUUUUACUCCAAGCAGCAUCAGUUUAAAAUGGACAAAGGCAGCAUCAGGAAGAGGAAGGAGUCACAGAAUGGCUCCACCGACCACACUGAACACACCAAUGGCACGAAGAAUGCUAAGGACACGGUGCUCCAAAAAGAAGUUGGUCUGGUGAGCGGCAUUUGUCUGAUUGUGGGAACGAUGAUCGGUUCAGGCAUCUUCAUUUCUCCAAAGUCUGUUCUGCUGUAUUCUGGAGCUGUAGGACCCUGUCUCUUAAUCUGGGCUGCCUGUGGCGUGUUGGCCACAAUGGGAGCACUGUGCUACGCUGAACUGGGCACCAUGAUCACUAAAUCAGGGGCUGAGUAUUACUAUCUCAUGGAGGCCUUUGGCCCAAUUUUAGCCUACCUCUACUCCUGGACCACUGUAAUGGUGCUGAAGCCCUCCUCAUUCGCGAUCAUCACACUGAGCUUUGCAGAAUAUGCCUCCACUCCUUUCUACUCCGGCUGCACUCCUCCCCCUGUUGUUACCAAGUGUCUUGCAGCAGCAGCUAUUUUUCUAAUUGUUGGUAUCAACUGUUUGAGUGUCAAACUGGCACGCUACGUGCAGAACUUCUUUACUGCAGCCAAACUCUUAAUCAUUGUCAUCAUAGUGGUAGCUGGCAUCGUUCUGGUGGCACAAGGAAACACUCAGAAUUUGUCAAAUACCUUUGAUGGCGCAGCACCGUCUUUUGGAGCAAUUGGACUUGCAUUUUAUAAUGGGCUCUGGGCUUAUGAUGGAUGGAAUCAGCUGAAUUUUAUCACAGAGGAGUUAAAAGAUCCAUACAGGAACUUACCACGGGCCAUCAUCAUUGGGAUCCCUUUGGUUGCUGUGUGCUAUGUGUUGGUCAAUGUUUCUUACUUCACUGUCAUGACCACCACUGAGCUGCUGCAGUCUCAAGCUGUUGCUGUGACUUUUGGAGACAGAGUCCUUUACCCUGUGGCUUGGAUUAUUCCUCUCUUUGUUGUCUUCUCCACAUUUGGCACUGCCAAUGGAAGCUGCUUCACUGCUGGCAGACUGGCCUAUGUGGCUGCCAGAGAAGGUCACAUAGUGAAAAUCAUAUCCUAUAUUAAUGUAAAGCGCUACACUCCUUCCCCUGCUCUCUUGUUUAAUGGUAUUGUCACUGUUUUCUAUAUUAUUCCAGCAGACAUCAACACCCUCAUAAACUACUUUAGCUUUGCUCAGUGGGUGUUCUAUGGUCUGGCAGCGCUGUCUCUCAUAGUCAUGCGUUUCACCAGGAAGGACCUCCACAGACCAGUAAAGGUGCCCAUUGUCAUACCAGUCUUAAUGGUCUUGAUCUCGUGCUAUCUCGUCAUCGCCCCCAUCAUUGAUAAGCCAGAGCUGGAGUACCUCUACUGUACUAUCUUCAUUUUCAGUGGACUCAUCCUUUACUACCCUUUUGUCUACCGGAAAGUCAAGUGGGGACACAAACUCAUGAGGCCCAUCACUAUGCAUCUCCAGCUGCUAAUGGAAGCAGGUCCACCUGAUCACAUUGAAUGAGAAGAGACAACGAGAUCAGCUUCUACUGGAGUCCUCAUUCGUGACAGAUGUCCUGCACAGUUUUGGAAAGUGUGAGACAGAAAUAUUACUACUUAUGAUGAUAAUAAUAACUUUUUUAAUUGUCUUUUUCUUUUCUUUCUCUCUCUCUUUUUAUUUUUUUUACAAAGCACAUAUCAAAAAGCUUUUGCUGGUCAUAUAUCCCACUGUAAUUAUACAUAAGGUAUAAUUUAUGUAAGUGAAUUUUAUUUUUUUGAAGGCAGCAUGUUUCAGGAACCAUGGUCAUAACCUUUUAACAUCUUUGAGCUUUAACUUUGAAAGUGUAGUCCAGUAUCAAUCAGUCACUGGCUGCUUAAAGUGAGAAGAGCAGAGAGGAGCAAAGAUAGACUAAGGAUUAGUCCCUCAAUCAAAUGCUCACAGCUCCAAAACAAAACUGUAAGGUAUAUUGAAAAAAUCCUUUCACCAUGUGAAGCACAAUCAUAUUUUGAACAAGCUCAUGUCUUUUUAUGUAGAUACUGUGUAUUAUAUAGAUUUUGAUGCAGGCCAGAGAGACGAACUUUAUCUGAUUUUCAACCAAAACUUUAGGGCUCUAAUAUAAUACGAGUCAAUCACAGUUUUGGUUUGCACACUCUGUGCUCUGAGGUGAUUUAUGAAAACCAAAAACAGCAAUGUGACUGACACUGGGUGAAAGAAGACCAACAUUUAUACAUUUUAAUUAUAAAUUGUUCAUCCACAAGAGAAAUUGUGAGAAGGAGACAAGGUUAGCUGCACUUUACAAAAUGCUUCUGGUCAAAAUUUAGAGUCUAAUUGGCAGAAAAUUCUGGAUUUCCAAAAAAAUUCAUAAGACCUGGCUGUAAUAAAAAUAUCAAAACACAGAUUUAAACAAAUAAUAUUCAAAGCUUCAUGAGCUGUUUCAACUUUGAAUAAAGUUUCUAGUGUACCAGAAUGUAUAUCAAUGUACCAGAGCUACAGAGGUCCAAAGAUAGCCAAAAUUUGGCAGUUUGAGAACUGAUUUCCCACUCAUUUCACGGUGGAUUUUUAAUACAGUUUUUAAAAAUGAAUUUUGCAAAAAUUGUAUGACUAAUCACUACCAAAAGACAGUGCACACCAUUCCCGAUCAAGCCACAUAUUUUGAUGUACAAUUUGUGUGAGUUUUUUUUUUAAAGCUCUGAAAGAAGUUAUUUGUGGAAAAUCCUUUCUAUUUUCGUGCCUGUAAUCUAUAGGAAUAAGCCCAAGUAAUACCAAUAAGUAUGCUUUGAUGCUUUUGCAUUGGCACGCUUACUCAGAGUUUACUGCUGUUGAAAAGCUGCAUGACAAAAGUAAAAGUGCAUGCACUUUGUUCACGAACCUCUGUAACAAGAUAAGAUGAAAUCAUUUGAAAUUCUGGGCUCAGAAAUUAAACUUCUCAUCUCCUCUAUGGGAUAGAGGAGAGAAAUUACAACAUAUUAAAGAUCAGAGGAAGGAGUUUACUUGUAGACAUCACCAGCACCUGUCUUAAGCAAUCACUUCAAACACGUCUGAAUGUUGUAAGAUUGCCGGAAAUCACUUGAUGUUGAGCUGCAGUUAGAUCUAGAUACGCAUGAAUCUGCACUUGAGCAAAGGGACAUGGUAAACAUUUUAAAUGUGUGAAGGAAAGAAGCACAUAAAGGCGAGGAAGAUCAUGUAACAAGAUGUGGGAAUGCAUUUUUUGUUGUCGUUAUUGUUGUUGCUGCUCCUCAUGUGAACCAAAAAUAUUAGUGAUUCUUUAAUGAUGCCUGUGCAUUUUGUAACAGUGCUUUUUUUUUAGCCCCCUGGAUUAUGCAGUAAUGAUGCUGCAUUGUGUUUCUGUUUAUUAAAGAUAUUAAUCUCGGUCAGUGUGAAGUGUGUAUGGGAAAUAAACUGUUUGUGAU